UAGGUAGAUCUUUCCUAGUUUCUAAAAUGUCCCAAGUAGUGAGUUGUGGUGAGAUGGAACCAAGCAGGUGGUCCAAACUUCCUUCAGAUCUCAUGCAGUUGGUUUUAGAACAUCUUGGUUUUGCAGAUUUUCAAAGGGCUAAAUCUGUUUGUUCAUCUUGGCACUAUGCAUCCAAACAAACUUCACCAAACAAUCAAAACCCUUGGUUGAUUCUAUUUCCAGAAGAAGGUAAAGAUUGCUGCCUCUUGUUUGAUUCCGAGGAAAAGGAUGACAAGUUAUAUAGAAUUCAAAAUCUAGGGGUCAACUUUGCAAAUAGUAAUUGUUUGGCUACUUAUGGAAGUUGGCUCUUGAUGCAAGACGAUCAUCAAUACAAUAUAUUAUACAUUUUGAAUAUAUUCACCUGUGAGAAGAUCGAUCUGCCUUCCAUGAAGUCUCAACUUAGAAUUGUAGAGACUGAAGAUGAUAUGUUUCUUGUAAGAUUACAAGACAACAGAGAUGUUCUAUUCUGGUUUGACGAGAAAACCAAAGAUUAUGUGAUUAUAUGGAUAAUCCAAGCCCGUUUUUUGGUUUAUUCCAGAAAAGGUGAUAAAUAUUGGAAACGAAUUGAGCUUUUCAACUUUAAUUUUGACAUGGUAUACACAGAUCAUAGACUCUACUUGUAUACUAGCUCUCGUGAUGUCAAAGUCUUGGAUUUUUCACAAGAUAUCCCGCGACAAGUAUUCGAGACGCAAGUUAACUAUGAUUAUUCGAAAAAACCAGAGGAUGUUUUCUACUAUGAUGCUCCUCUUCAUGUAUGUAGGAAGAUCAAGACUGAAAAUCUUGUAGUCAGAGUGACUGGUGAAGUUCUGAGGGUUAAGAGCAUAGUUUUGUGCAAUUCUGACGUUUGGUACUUCCGCAUCUACAAGAUGAAUUCAUCAAAUAGCGAGUGGGAGAAACUUGAUUCUUUGGAAGAGGAAGAAGCAAUAUUUUUGGAUCUUGGUAUCACCGUUACGCUUGCCAACACCAUCCAAGGAGUCAAUGGAAACUCAAUAUAUUUCAGCGGCAAUCAUAAUAACUAUUGUGAUUCUGAUUUGGGUCAUUUUUGGAGUAAAAAAGAUAUACUUAUCUUCAAUCUUGGCACACAAGAAAUUGAAAGACCACAUCCAAGUAUCUUUUCGUCCAUUCAAUUAUCUAAUGCUCGAUGGUUUGUCCCAAAUUUCAAACAAAUGUGAUUGGGAAUCUCAACUCUAUUAGUGUACCUUUUCAAUUAUUUUG